CCAAGGGCCAGAGUAAGCAACAAUAUUAUAAAGUGAGACACCAUUGUUGUUUUGGCAUCAUCAUUUGGUCCUUUCCAUGGCUUCAGAGAAAGAAGCUGCUCUUGCAGCCACUCCCUCUGAUGCUCCUACCAUAUUUGACAAGAUCAUCAAUAAGGAAAUUCCUUCUACUGUGGUUUAUGAGGAUGAUAAGGUUCUUGCCUUUAGGGACAUAGCUCCUCAAGCUCCUACCCAUAUUCUAAUCAUUCCUAAAGUUAGGGAUGGGUUAACUGGUCUAUCCAAGGCUGAGGAGAGGCACUGUGAGAUUCUUGGCCACCUUCUGUACACAGCUAAGCUUGUUGCAAAGCAAGAAGGUCUUGAUGAUGGCUACAGGAUUGUAAUUAAUGAUGGGCCAAACGGAUGCCAAUCAGUUUACCACAUUCAUGUGCACCUCAUUGGGGGAAGACAGAUGAACUGGCCCCCUGGCUAAAAUGUGUUCAAAGGAUUCAUAGUGACUUAUAUGGGUUUUACAACCUCUGCAGUUAAAAUAUUCUGCUUAAUGCUAUCAAUCAAUAAUGGUUUCAAAUGA